AUGGGUGAAAAUAUGAAUCUCCCUUGGGUCAUUAUAGGAGAUUUCAACUCAACCCUAUAUAGCCAUGAAAGACAAAGCUACUCAAUACACCCUACUCAAUCCCAUCCAAUCAUAACCAACACCAUCUCAGAGCUUGGUCUCAUAGAUAUCCCAUUUACUGGUAGCCCUUUCACAUGGUCAAACCAUAGAGAUCAACUCAAUCAGGUCAGAACCAGAUUAGAUAGAGCUCUUUGUUUACCCAGCUGGAUGACUAUCUUUCCAAAUGAAAUACUUAACAACCUUAUCCCAUGUGGCUCAGAUCAUGCUCCCAUCUUACUAAACACCAAUCCUCAAAAUGAAAGUCUCAGCAAACCAUUCAGAUUCUAUGAACACUGGCUCACAAAUAGCACCUGCAAAGAAGAAAUCAAGAAAAAUUGGGUAUGCUCAAAGAAGGGCACUGAAGCUUUUAAAGUCACAAACAAGCUAAGACGAGUUAAGAAUGGCUUGAAGAUAUGGAGAAUUAAGGAGUAUGGAGACACUGAUACAAAAAUAAAAGAGGUUCAGGAACAACUUCAAGUAAUAAUCAAUCAGCCUCAGAUAAAUAUGGAGGAUCAUCAAAGAUGUCAACAACAAGUUAAAUCUCUAUAUGAAGUGAAGAACAGAAUUGCUUACCAACAAUCAAGAGAAAGUACAAUAAGAUAUCAAGAAAGAAAUUCAAAGAUCUUUCAUGCUCAAGCCAACUAUAGAAGGAGGACAAAUCAAAUCCAUUCUCUAAAGAGUGUUGAUGGUGAGUGGAAAAAUACAAGAGCAGAAAUCACACAAAUAUUGUUGGAGCACUUUCAAGAAAUAACUACUACUUCUAAUCCUGAAAAGAAUGAUGAGAUAAUGAACCUCAUAAGUCCAUGCAUCACUGCAGAGGAAAACAAUAAACUUACUGCAGUUCCAACCUCUCAGGAAAUCAGGAAAGUGUGUUCCAAAUAA